AUCAUCGUGGCCACGCUCCUCCCGCCCUUCGGCUGAGUCGCGUCUUCUCGGGUUAAAACGAAGAGAGAGAGAGAGAAAAAACAGCUUGGAGGCGACCAGGUGAGAGAGGAGACUUCACAUCAAGGUGGGAGAGAAGACUUCACACCAAGGCGUGUGUGUUAGUUUCGUUCACAGGCUGUGAAAAUGCUUCCUGAUGGGAGAGCGGCAUGUCACCAAGAACUGAGAUGAAUGGUGCUGCACAUCCUGCCACGUCCCGAUGAAAUGUUUUGUCAUGCAGGCAGGCGAUAAAUAUUGCGUUUUUCAACCACGGCUAAGCAAACAUUUAUGAGCGAGGUUUGACCUCAUCAUUUCCAGCAGCCACGUGCGGCUUUGGAUAAUGGAAAUGAAAUUCUCCCUUUUUAUUGCCGCGGGCGAUUGAUCUGCCAGUCAAGUUGACGUAUCAAUGACGGCCGUCGCCGCAUCCCCAAUAAUUUGCCUGUAAAGAUGCCCGUGGACGCGUAUUGAUCGAGUCACUCGUCGCGCAUUGAGCCCUCGCAAUGGAAUCAGUCGCCGACUGUCCGCAGCACAGAGAGGAAGCCUAACAGAACCGUUACCAUGUCACGCGCUGGAUGCAUUGGUUGUAUCCAGUGGUGGACCAACGGCAUGCGCCUGACGCGGCUGAUAUGCCUGCUGCUCGUCAUCCUGGUGACGAUCCCGCUGGUGGCCCACUACUACCUGGCCGUCGACCUGGACAGCACCGGCGGAAAGGGGAACCACGUGCAGAACCGUGACCCCGGCAGGCCACCUGUGGGGCCCUGGCACCCUGGCGCGAGCGGCGCCAGCCUUUGCCAGGGCCGGCACGUGGAGGACCUGUGCCGGAUCCGCGAAUCGGUGAGCGAGGAGCUGCUGCAGCUGGAGGCGCGGCGCCAAGAGCUGAACGGGGAGAUCGCGAAGCUGGGGGCGCGGCUGGAGGUGGCGCGGCGCGGCGUCGAAGGUGCCAAGCAGGAGCUGCAGCAGCUGAAGAACACCAUCAGCCAAACGGAGCGCUCUUACCGCGAGAUGCUGGCGCAGAACCAGCCCAAGCUCUCGCUGCCCAUCCGCCUUCUCCCCGACGACUCGGACCCCAUGCUGCCGCUGCCGAAAUCCGCGCAGCAGUGCCGCUUUUACAGCUGCUUCGACUUCUCCCGCUGCCCGCUCACGUCGGGCUUUCCCGUCUACCUGUACCCCUCGGAGGGUCUCCUGGGAGAUGCGCUGGACCCGUUGGUGCGGCAGGCCGUGCAGUCGGCGCUGCGGGCCAGCGUGUACGCGACGCAGGACCCCAAGGUGGCGUGCCUCUACGUCGUGCUGGUCGGCGACGUGCAGGAUGGGUCGGCGCUGCCCGCCGCCGACCUCGAGCGCCACCUCCACGCGCUGCCGCACUGGCGGUCGGACGGACGCAACCACCUGCUGCUGAGCCUGUCGCGGCGGGCGAGCGCCACGCGGAACCUGCUGGACGGCGUGAGCACGGGCCGGGCGAUGCUGGCGCAGCCCGUGUUCGCCGAGGCGCAGUACCGGCCGGGCUUCGACGUCGUCAUGCCGCCGCUCGUCAACGCCAUGGCCGAGCCCAACUUCCUGCAGCUGCCGCCGCAGGUUCCGGCCAAGCGCAAGUACCUGUUCAGCUUCCAGGGCGAGAGCGAGCUGAGCGUGUCGCGGGGCCGUGUCGGCGAGGAGGGCGGAGAGGGCGAGGAAGCAGGAGGCGGCGAUGGCAGGAAAAUCGACCUCUACGACAUCCACAUCGUGUCCGUGCUCAAGGCGAUCGUCGCCGGCGGCCAGGAGAGCGUUCUGGUCGACUUGACGUGCGACGGCCCCGCAGCCGGUGGCGGCGGCUCCCCAUCGGAGUGGGCGCUGUGCGGUGACCACACGUCGCGCAUCGAGGUGCUGCGCCGCUCCACGUUCGCGCUGGUGGUGGCCGCCGGCGACCCGCGCCUCUCCGCGUCGCAGCUCGCGUCGACGCGCGUGUACGAGGCGCUGGAGGCCGGCGCCGUACCGGUGGUGCUGGGCGGCGACCGCGCCCGCCUCCCCUUCGCCGAGACGAUUCGCUGGGAGCGCGCGGCCGUGCUGCUGCCCAAGGCGCGCGUCACGGAGCUGCACUUCCUGCUGCGCAGCGUGCCCGACAACGACCUGCUCGCCAUGCGCCGCCAGGGCCGCUUCCUGUGGGAGACGUACCUGGCGUCGGCCGAGAGCGCGCUGGGCGCCGCGCUGGCCACCGUGCGGGCGCGCGCCCACAUCCCGCCGGCACCUGUCCCCGAGGAGCCGUCGCCCGAGAUCCCGCACCGCUCCGCCAGGGUGCCCACCGACGGCCUCAACCCGCCGUCCGAGAUGGGCGACCUAGAGCUGGGGCCCGCGGAGAACGAGCCGCCCUAUGCCUCGGAGCGAUACAAGCGCAAUUACACGCUCGUCAUGCUGGACGCCGACCGCAGCUGGAACUCCCCGCCGGGACCCUUCUACCUGUUCCCCUUCACGCCGCUCGACCCCGUUUUGCCGUCCGAGGCUCAGUUCCUCGGCUCCGGCGCGGGCUUCCGGCCGAUCGGCGGCGGCGCCGGCGGCACGGGCAAGGAGUUUCAGGAGGCGCUGGGCGGGAACCUGCCGAGGGAGCAGUUCACGGUGGUGAUGCUCACGUACGAGCGCGAGGAGGUGCUCAUGGACUCGGUGCGACGUCUCAACGGGCUGCCCUACCUCAACAAGGUGGUGGUGGUCUGGAAUGCGCCCAAGCUGCCCUCCGAGGAGUUGGUGUGGCCCGACAUCGGCGUCCCUGUCACGGUUGUGAAGACGAAGAAGAACAGCCUGAACAACAGAUUCCUGCCGUACGACGCCAUCGAGACCGAAGCGAUCCUGUCCAUCGACGACGAUGCACAUCUUCGACACGACGAAAUCAUGUUUGGCUUCAGGGUUUGGCGGGAGGCACGUGACCGCAUUGUGGGGUUCCCCGGGCGCUACCACGCCUGGGACUCGCUGCACCAGUCGUGGCUCUACAACUCCAACUACUCGUGCGAGCUCUCCAUGGUGCUCACAGGGGCAGCCUUCUUCCACAAGUACUACGCCUACCUGUACUCGUACGUGAUGCCCCAAGCCAUCCGCGACAUGGUCGACGAGUACAUCAACUGCGAAGACAUCGCCAUGAACUUCCUCGUCUCCCACAUCACGCGCAAGCCGCCCAUCAAGGUGACGUCCCGCUGGACGUUCCGUUGCCCGGGCUGUCCCCAGGCGCUCUCGCACGACGAGUCCCACUUCCACGAGCGCCACCGCUGCAUCAACUUCUUCGUCAAGGUGUACGGCUACAUGCCGCUCCUCUACACGCAGUUCCGCGCCGACUCGGUGCUCUUCAAGACGCGGCUGCCCCACGACAAAACCAAAUGUUUUAAGUUCAUAUGAAGGAGGUGGAGGCGGAGGGGGAAGAGGAGAGGCGGUCCCCGGUCAUCGUCUUUGCCACCGACCCCGUCGUCGAGCCUCGGCGGGGGAGGCGGGGGGAGCCUGUGUGACACCAGGGGUGGCAGGAGAACGAUCUGUGGAGAUUCUGCUUUGGGUUGGUUUUGGACGCCCCGUCUGCAAGAGUUGCGGGCGCCUAAAUUAUUCCUGUUAGAACUGAAAGCCCCUAAGGCUUGCGCGCGACGAUGUUCAUCGCGAAGAGUCGCGCGACGCCCAGAGAAUGUGCCCAAGGGAAGCUCGUAUCGACUGUCGGGAUUUGGUUUCGCUGGUUGACGCCUAUUUAUUUCUCACACGUGACUUGAACCCAUCACAGGAAGCGAAUGCCGAAUGCAGUUUAUGACGAGUAAGUACUGUAUUUAUUUGUGGUUCUGUUGACCUCCCCCUACCCCCCACCCGAUGAUGUAAAGGCAUAAGUGGCUUUCGUAUUUUAGAUGUUAAACACGGUAUGCUGCCAAGCCACAAAAGAAACAUGCCCCGCUACGCAGGCUGUGUUUCCAUUAAACAAAGCGACGUUCGCAAAUUUUUCGUGCAAUCUUACCGCAUUAUCCGUAACAAAGGUUUUUUGGGUUACAUCACGUAACUAUAAAUGUGUCGUUAAACCCGCCACCACCCGACACGGACAAUUAGUAAGGUUUGUCUCGUAAACAGAAUGUGCCAAUUCGUUACUAGUGUACAGCACACCGUUGUUGUUGGAGAGCAAAUCCACAAGAUUUACAAUCUUGAGUGACUUUUCGCUAGUAAUUACAACUCGCUUCAUCAGGCGACAGCCAGAUAAUGCAUUAAUGCAUAUUAAACACACUGUAACCGAUGACUAUACAAGAUUAUACACACGCAUAUAUAUACUGUAGCGUAUUGUUAACAAAAGACGAUAAAAAAAAACUUGCACUUGGCAGGGAACCAACAUUUGUUGCGGCUAAAUUUCAAUGGAAACGGACACAAAACGGCAAAAUAAAGAUAUAGAUAUGAAACUCGCGUUGGCACAGACGGCCAAUCAAAAAAGCAGGCCGCUGAAAAAAUAAAUAAAAGCCGCUGACCUUUCCAUUGUGCUGGGAUAUUGCUAGGCGGCGACCUUCAUCUAACAAUGGGCGAAAUAAAAUUAGACCGGGAUUUUGGUGAUUAUUCUCCAUUUGGCGUGGCACGUGAUUAUCAAGCUGUGCCGUCCCCAUAAGUUGCGGUGUCAUCGCAGCCACAAGGCUCAUUGUGAGCACUCCACCCCGUAAUUAUAUUGUCAUGGUUUAUAUACUCUAUAUAUAUAUAUAUAUACACACACACGUGACUCAUUGCGAGACUCGUUAUCAUUCAUUUUCAUUUUCUUACCACUGCUGGAUGGAGACCUCCCCAUGACGUCGCCGAUUGCCUGUUACUCCGUCUCCGCCGUGAUCACCCUCUGCGGGUUAUUUCCUCCUUUUUGGCUACCAUGCCAUCGCCAGCCUCGCCCAUCGGCCAUUAUCCCACUCUUGUGAUGUCUCGCCCAGGGCCACUUGGACGAAACAUCGCUACGAUGUCUCUGUUGUGUUCGUCUCUUGGUGUAAUUCCCAGGCAUGUACCUCUGCAUGCUGCUUUUGCGUACUUUUUCAGUUUUUUUCUGUCAUAACUGACAUUGUGCAUCAACGGACAACACUUUACGCACAUUGGUAUGCUUCUUUUCGUUAUGAACUUUUAAGUUUAAAAGCACCACAUGCUGCCCUCACUCACCUCGUUUAUUUCAUCAUUUUGAUCCUGGCCUGCCUUAAACAAAUUGUCAAACUUGUCUCUCCAACAAUUAUUUCGUUUUAUUUAGCAAAGUUGUACAUGACCGUUGCUUUGGAAUUUGCAUAUCAACCGUGCAGCCUUCUCCGUUGGAUUCUUCCAUCAUUUCACGUCGUAGUUCACUGCCGUUUAAUUCUUCGGACUGUCGUCAGCACAUGCGGGAUGGUAGAUACUUUAUUCGAUCGAUUUAAAAAAGAACAAAAAUACGUUGUAGGGUCGCUGUGAAUCUCUUUGGUGUGAGCGUAUCUCUUGCCCCACUCCAGUGUAGUAACCUCCUCUAUCUGUAAGAAAUAGAUUUUAGACCAGUGCUAUGUAUUGUUGGAUUAAGGGGCUCGGGGUUUUUUGCGAGAAGUUGAGCGCAGUGGCGUUUAUGUUUGGCCGUCUGUACGGGAAUCUUUAUUGGCGGUGGGCAGUGGUGGGUGGAAAAAAAAACCCCGUGGAAACCCGUAUCGCUCUUAGUUGGGCACAACGCGCAUACGCAGACCCGAUUGCACGGACGGGUUAUGUACGUUGCGAAAGGAAGUUAAUGCGACCUUCAGACGUGCAGCAAAAUAAAGAAUUAACCGCAUUUUAAUGGAAACAUAGUCAUCCCGAUGACCUGCUUUGAUAAAACCGGAUCUGCCGGAGGCUUUUACAUUUCGACCGACUUAACGAGGUUAAAAAGGCGGACGGUUUUAUUUUGUUUUUGAUGGACUUUUGUCACUCAUGCCCGUCGCUUCUAACAAUUUUUACGCCCUCAUUGUCAUCGCAACUUUAUUGACACGGAGCCAUCUGUUCAUAAAUAUCAGUUCCACUGCGAUGACAUAAAUGCAGAUAAAUUAAAAAACCCUACGGGAACAAACUUGGCGUUUAGUUUUGUCUCCUGCAACAGACCGUGCUCGCUCCGUUGUUCCCGUAGCGGCGAGAGCGCCAAUUGUACCCCAUUGUCUCGCCACAUCCUGGACGGAACUUUUCUGAUCUCUGUAAAAAGUUGAGUUUCGCUUCUACAUUAUAUAUAUGAGCAGCUGUGCAAGAUACUGAUCGAAAACAUCAAAAGAUUAUCCUCUAUUCUUUUUUUAAUAUUCUAAACAUUCGAUUUCGUGUCUCCCGAGUUCUCGGAGGAGUUUGCCGGUGGCAGACUUUGAUUGUGCUCGGCAAGAUGAUUCCACUGUGCAAGUUGUCCCAGUUGUGCUGUGUAUUUCUUUGAUGUGACUUGGGGUUGUGCCCGCUACGCGUUGUUAGGCACGAUGCUCCACAUAUUCAGGGCGGCACCUGCUGGAAUCGUUUCUUGAAAUGUUCCAGAAGUUCCUCUGCAUAAUUGGGGAAUUGAAUUCAGACCCCACCCCCCCCCCCCCAAAGAAGAAGCUGCCUAGCGUGCAGAGCGAAACGUCGGACAUCACGCAGAGCAACAUGCGGUACGUCCCCAAAAUACAGGGGAGCUGCCCCAGGUAAUUGUUGAUGUACGUUUCGUAUCGUUAUUUGAUGUAGCCAUAGUCACAAUUCUGCCCAGCCAUCGUGUGGUAUAUCGACAGUGUUACUGUAUUUGACUAAAUUUUGUAUUAAAAAGAUAAAAGGCGAUUUCAGAAUGUGCUCGCGCGUGACAGCAAGCGUAUUCCCGGCACGUCGCACCGGCGCGCCGCACCGAUGCGUCUUACCGAUGUGCCGAUCGGAAUUCGGGCAAGUUGCUGCCUGACCACCGGCGAGGUGCAUUUAAACCGGGUCAACGUUUAAACCGGGUCAACGUUUAAACCGGGUCAACGUUUAAACCGGGUCAACGUUAGGCAGGUUACACUGUACUCGAUUACAAUAUUACGAUAAAGACUGACGAUUUUUGCGAGCCGUUUUUAUAUAUAUACAGUAUAUGUGUUUUGUGUGUGAAAUCCUGAGGUUACUCACCUCUGAACGGCCGUGAAGAAAGUAAUGUUUACAUAACAUGUUGUCUAUGUCCUGUUGGCGUGUGGCACGAUGCCGAUGUUAUGGGAUGCCUGUAGUUAACACAAGAGUUGCAUUCUCUUGUAACGUUGUGGAUAUUGUCGAUUCAAUUAGGCUAAGUGAUAUUUAUUCAAUUUUUUUGUAUAUAUAUUUUUUAAGCUUUUAUCGGGUGCGACGCUUGGUUUAACCCCACGUCACCAUUUGUCCACCAGAGUGGGAGUCAAGGUCCCGAUGUGGGUAGACGUACCCCGUAAGUCUUACCCGGGAGAGCCGCGUGUACAACGUAAGGAUUAUUAAUGCCCAUACUUUGUGUUACAAAUGCAAAGCUAUAUUAGCUCCAUUGUGUGUGAUUUUCGUACGUGGGCGAGUUCCCCUUUCGUGGGGCUUGGCAGCCACUGCUCCUCCGACCGUCGGGCAGUUGGCCUCGACCAAAUGAUUAACCCGGCAGCUUCGGCUGCAUCUUCGUCGUCGUCGUUGGUGAAUGCGUUUGUGAACUGUGCUACGGUGCACCCUGGCCCGGAGGGAACCCCUCGGCCAUCUCAAAACGGCACUCGUUUAAUGCCCUGACGGCAAAGCUACAUCCUCGCAAUGUCAACAGGUUACAACGCAUGAACCCUUUCCCGUUCCGAUGGCGUACGUGUACGUCGUCAGAAACGGAACCGGAAGAAAAAAUGUAAUAACUUUAUCGCUACUGAGGCUCUCCCCCAAGGCCGUGCGGGGAGGGCGUGCGGCACAGUUUGGCGCCAACUAUCAUCGGUGUGUGGUCGUGUCCCUACGGUUCUCUGCGGUGAGUCCAAUGUCUUUAAAAACCACCGCGCAAUACGCUUCUCUAAAUAAAAUGAACGCUGAACCGUUUGCGCAUUCCGAGAUUCAGCGGUGAACGGGACACCACCCCCCCCACCCCGCAACUUGCCGUCGUCUCGGAAAGGGUUGGAGGGUAAGAGGCAUGGUGAGGUGGUUGGCAACACUCACUGCUACGGAGCCCUAAGACCCGAGUUCGAUUCCCAGCCAUGGUAAAACGUAACUGGCAAAAUGAUAUCCGAACUUGACCCUGGCCCUGUCCUCUCCCUUCACCAAGCUGCACUGACCAGCGUGGUGAAGCACGGUUGAACCCCUUCGUCGGGCAGGUAGGGGGGGGGUAUAUCGCGGUUUGGGUACCGAGCGACGAGCGGAGGAGCCGGGACCCCACGUUGCCCACGAGGGUUGCCACAGCUCUGUCACGGCCACGAUAGAAACCACUGGAAUAAAGGCAUCGAGCACGGGACGUUGAAUAAAGUUUUAUAAAAUGCCCAUCGCUGCGAGUGUGAUCGUCCAGUCGUCUCUUGCCACC